UACGGGACCAAGUGGGAUGCGCGGCGCUCGCUUCAUCUGCAUUCUUCUCAGGAGCGACUCUAAAAUUAGGAAGUGGAUGAUUAACUUCAAGAGAACCGUUUUUGCAUAUCUCUGUUUUGUGUGGAGCAGACUCAAGGCAUUUGGCUGCAUUAUUUGGGAUGAUGCUUACUGUGAAGGAUACCACAUAGUGCAUCAUUGGAUAAGACGACUUGUAACAGUCUGCCCCAUCAACCCCACCCAAGAUAAAGCUUCUUGUCUGAUCGGAGCUUGAUAAACAUUUACUUUGUGAUGGUUUGAGUCUCUGAAUUCCAACAAAGAUACUGGAUUACCAGAGGAUGAAAACUCCCAGCAUCGUCUCAUCUUGUGGGCUGCCAGGAAACGCAUGAAGCUAGCUGCAGAGAAGCAGGAAAGCUGAUAUCAGAGGAGCUCCUUCAACUGAAGUUUACAGGAUUAUCAGGUCGUAGAGGAACUGAGAUCUCAUGUUCUGAAAAAGUGCUUUAUUGAUUUACAUUACUUCUUAUGGGACAAGUCAAUUGGUCACAUAAUUUCACCCUGAUGGAUACAUGCUGUAUAUGAAAAAAAGACUGUGGUUUGUUAUCUGAUUGACUAAAAGGGCCAAUCAAUAAAUCAACUUCAAAGUCCCACUGACUCGUCUGUAGACACAUCACACCAUCUGGAAAGAAACUGAAGAGCUUCGACUUUCUGGUACAAAGUGACGGCUUCCUGUAUUCUGGCAGAUUACCUGAGAGAGGGAACCCCCCUCUCUCCUUAUCUCCAAAAUCUACUAGUGGCCUAGGCGUAAUGGCAACAGUGGUCCACCCAACAGAGCUGGUGUUUGAAUUUGCCAGCAAUGGGAUGGAUGAAAUAAACCAGCUGGAUGACCCCUCUGUGUUCCCGGCAGUAAUCGUGGAACAGAACCCUGCUGCGGAUCUCAUGCAAGUGUAUUCAGGGCUGGAAUCGGAUGAAGUUCCUAAUGGGAUAAUGGCUGAUACCUCUUUGGAUGUUGCAGCAGAGCAGAUCAUUGGAAGCAAUAUUGCACUUGCAGUUGAACCUUCUUGUACCAAUUCAGAAGACAAUAUGGAAACCAUUGUGGCUGCUGAAGCACUUUUAAACAUGGAGUCACCUAAUAAUAUUUUGGAUGAGAAAAGAAUGCUUCAUGGCUACAGUACUUUGCUGGAGAGUGAGCUCACAUACAUAUCUCUCCAGCCUGAGCAGCUGCAGAACCAUAAUAAUGGAGUAGAUGUAUCCCUGGAUGAGGAGUCCACUGAUGAGAUUUCACAGAAAAGUCCCACAAAGCCGCCAAAGAAAAAGAAAGUCAGGAAACCCCGGCCAGUCAGACCAUCAUCACCAGUCUCCACACCUAGUCUACCUCUUAGAAAGAGGAGCAAGGAUGGGAAAGGGAACACAAUUUACCUUUGGGAGUUUCUCCUUGCUCUUCUUCAAGAUAAGAACACGUGCCCCAAAUACAUCAAAUGGACACAGAGAGAAAAGGGAAUUUUUAAGCUAGUAGACUCGAAAGCCGUCUCCAAACUGUGGGGUAAACACAAAAAUAAGCCAGAUAUGAACUAUGAAACCAUGGGGCGUGCUCUCAGAUAUUAUUAUCAGCGUGGAAUUCUUGCCAAAGUUGAAGGACAAAGACUUGUAUACCAGUUCAAAGAAAUGCCCAAAGACCUGAUAGUGAUUGAUGAUGAGGAUACUCAGGUCUCUGAUUCAAGACCAGAUCAGGCACUUAACCACUCGGUUAGUCAAGGUCGAGGAGGACAACGAGCAAACUCACGCUCAAGCCAGGGAAAGUCUCCUGCACAUCCAGUUCUGUUGAAGGCAGUCAGGCAACAGAACCCGGGAAUGACAUUCCAAGAAAUCAGUGGGGGACAAUCGGAACAACUUCUGCAAACUGUUCAUGUCCUCCAGCCGAAUCAGGGCGCAGCAGUCCCUGCACCUCCACAUACCAUUAGGACCAUUAAUGUACCAGCUUCAGUCCAGGCAAGUGUUCCAAUGAUGCUGACAUCCAGAGCACAAGCUACAGGGACAGUGACUCUACAAACUGUGCCUCUAACAACUGUAAUUUCCAAUGGAGACCCUGCCUCCUCUACUAGCCAGCGAGUCAUUCUUCACACUGUGCCUUCCUCUACCCCAGGGAUGAAAGAUAUGAUGGCAUUUCAGACAACUCUACCCUCCGCAGUCAAUGGGUUGUCUGACAGCUCUCAUCAGCAACUCUUAGCUACUUUGUCAUCCUCUUCUAGCAGCUUGAUUAACACCACAGCGCAGUCUCAACCCAUGAAUGGAAUAACUCGUCUUGUCACACUGAAUGCUAGUGGGCAGCCUGUUGUGGCGCAACACCCCGGCACAGUUAUUGCUACUGUCCUCAAACCUGGUGAGGUGAAUGGUAUUAACAUUAAGGAGGAAAUCUUAGAUGCAAACUACUUUCACUCUUUGGUCACUGGGGAUUCUGUCAGUUAUGCAGGAUCAAUCAAAACAUCCGAUGAAGAUACAGAUCUCGGUUUCCAGACUGUUAUUAUUGGAGGCUCUCCGGAACCCACUCAGGCAAUCACAAACCACAUCAAUGGGCAUUCAGAGCACAUAGCCAAUGAAACGGUCAUCAAGGAGAGUAGCAGCCCUACUGUUGGUCUGACACCUUCUACAGAGCUGGAGGAGUUCCACAACAUGCAGCUGACAAGGUGUCAGCCACUGACUGUUCAGGUGAGCUCUCCAUCCUUCAGCCCUGUAUCAGUAAAGCAAGAAGCUGCAGAUACAUAAAAAGGACUGAUUUGAAUAAAACCGGGACCAUCAUUUGUGUGAAUGACUCUUUAAUUUAUUGCUCUUACAAGGUUUUCUUUUGACCUGCUGGACUUCUGUUUGCUUCCACAUAAUGUGCCUUAUUAAUGUUUCAGAGUUGUCCUCAAUGCAGUUAUAGGGAGCAUCUUAUUUAUCCUUCUACAGACACUGUCAACUCUGUUGUGACUGAUCGGAAGAGGUAUCACUUUAAUCCGCUACACAUUAUACCCACACAUCUGUACAUGGUGUAGUGUACAGAAGAGAUUCGGCUAAAGGAGAAUGCUGAUAUCUCUUGUCCACAUUCAGGGUUUAACAGAGUAUUGCAUUCAGUGGAGGAGAAUCAGAUUGUGGUGGAAUAUGGUGCCAUAUUUCCAGCCACUCAUUUGUACCACAGGGUAACCGAUGACACCAAAAUAACACAGAUUUCCUGAUCUGCCAGCCAAAACAACUCAUGACAACAUCUUUCAGUUUUGUUUUUCCUGUUCUCUUCUGCACCUUGUUAAUGUCAGAGAGGCUGAAAAUCUUUGAUGUGUCUUCACUGGCACAUCUGCUAGCAUCUCUUCUUAAAGCAUGAGACCCUGCGUAAGGGAAGUCUCUCCAGAUUGUAUGUCAAGGAAUAUCAGGCGCUACCUUUGUCAACAAACCAAAUUAAAAGUAGCAAUUAAGAUCAAUUUUGCAUGUGGAAGGUUUUAUAACUUUUUGAUAUUGCUGCUUACUUUCCAAUUCUUAAUAUAAAAACAAUUGUAAAAUGUGAUUUCUCAGUAAGGGGUAAUCACAGAAAAUGUGGAUUCCAUAGAAUCGUAAAUAUUUUCCUUAAGUAUCAAGGGUGACCAAACAAAGUUUUCUCAUCCUCAUAGCAUUAUUUGCAACCGUUGUAUUACUGGUGUGUAAAAUGUGUUGUACAAUUUAAAUUAAAAGCAAAGCAAAUUUGGAAAAUUAUUCAGAAAGCCUUCUUCAAAUACGAUGCUGUAAGUAAUAUAGGAAAAAGAAACGUCUGUGCCAAAUCCAACUUUUAGAAACUGUGAAAGUUUACAUCUUCAUUAUUAGCUUGCCCCCGUUGCAAUGUCCAAAGUCCAAAUAAUGUGCCACUGCCUCUCACAGCAGCGUCUGAUUGGCUCUUGUCUUUUAUUGCCAUUUACUGGGCCUUGCCUCUUCUGUUGAUACAGUGAUUGUUCCCUCUGAACCUGAGUGGCUUGUAUAGACCUCGAUUAUUUACCAUGAAACUGUAGUUAAAAGCUUUAACUCUUGUAAAAGAGGAACCCGGCAUGUGACAAGCAACUUAGUAUAUAUUGACUUGAUGCUCAAAGAAAGGACAAUGAUUUUUGUGAGAGAAAGUCAAGGGGUGUCAUAUUUAAAAUAUGAAGUUCACUUUUUUUCUAUGGCCUUUAACUUUGCUGUAUUUUUUGUACAUUUUAUUUUUAAAAAAAUAAUUCAACAUAAAAUUUUAUGGUAGGACUGCUUAAAUAAAAAACUGAGGAAGAUGCACAGUAUGUAUUUUUAUAUAUGAAUAAGAAUAAAUUGCAGACUUGUAGACUGGUGAAUGAAGCAGGGCUUCUAGUUCAAGUUAGCUAACAGGAGCUGUGUUUACUCCACUUCUUUCAGGCACUUGUGACACGGUUUAGAGGACUGUGUAGUAGCAGGAGAAAUACAGACGUCUUCCAGUGCCUGAGAUUUACAAUAGUUGACUUCCUCUACCAGGAAGCAGCAGUUUUAUUCAUUCUGGUAUGGUUGUCAUGGUAAUGAGCAAUUUCUGUUGACGGAGCCUGGAGGUCCGCAGCGCAUGUAUAUAGCUGUAAACAUCAUAUAUGUAUACACAAACAAACAGACACACACACACACAUUCCAUUUCUGUUCUUUCGGUAUCCACCUAUCUGGGUGAUGUCUAAAGCCCAGAUAUAUACUGCAAGUUUGUGCAUAUGUGUACAGUAUAUAUGCGUGUUUAUGAAAAGAGAUACUGUAUAAGAGAGGCAGGAUGGUGGGUUGAGAAUUAUUUAUUUAUAAUAAAUUCUUUACAGGUAUACACACAAUUAUAUAUGUGCAUACAUAUAGCUGUACUGUAUUUAAAAAAGAUAUCUGAAACCAAAAAUUUUUGUACAAAUUAUAAUUUAACAAUAAAACACACAUAUAACUUCGUCUUAAAAAAAAAAAAUUAAAAAAAAAUUUGAUUUUUUUUCUAAGUCAGUUUGUUUCUCUAUAAAUUUUGGCAGAAUUUUUAUAUUUCCUUUGAGUUAAAUUUUAAAAGUUUAAUGUAAAUGUAAAGCUUUGUAUAAACAGUUUUAACCAAUUGUUUGUGUAUAUAGAUUUUUUUCAGAGGUGUAUUUUUGUUUUCUUGUACGUUUUAACGUUUAGCUCGCUUUGCUGGCUGUACUGUAUGUUUGUAAGUUGUUUACAGCUGACAUACCUCCAUUGCCAUUCUAACAGUGUGAAAGCAUGGAGCAAAGCUAUAUUUAUUUAGACAUCAAAUGAUUAAACUCAGAUAUACUGCCUUCCUUAGUAACGCUUGGCUGGAUGUCCUUAUGAUAGCCAGAUGAGUUAAUAAUGUGAAUGCACAAGUCCUCAAGCUCAGAUGGUGGCCACGUUAAUUUGAGUGCAAACAAUUUGACAACAAGCAGCUCAAUUUCUGAAGGUACAAAUCAUGACUGUUAUAGUAGCACAAAUUUAGAAGGCAAUCCAUUGGUAUUUCCAUUAGUCCUUAGUGUAGGAAUGCCAUGUGCACUUGCUUAUGCAUUUAUAAACUAUGUAUGUGAUAAAGAACUCAUGCUUUGAGUGUAUUAAAGUACACUUUGCUGUUCAAACCCAAAUUCAGCCACAUGGCAGGUUUAUAGGGGGUUGCAAAAUAUGGGCCAACACAUCCACUUUAUGAGAGCUUGUCAGAAGUGGUAUCAUAUCAUGCCAACAGCAAAUAGGGAGAUUUGCUAUCACAGACAAGUAAGAGAGUGUAUGUUUGUAUGCCACACACACACUCACACACACACACAGCACAGCACAAUAAGGUUGGACACGUGAAUGCAAUGUUGUAUGAAUAAAAAUGCAGACCACAUUAGGGUGAUGGAUGACGAUGAUAGCUGAUCAUUCCCUAUGCUGUGGCUUGUAGACGUGCUUUAGUUCUCUAAAGCAGGCAGUUUAUUUUAUUACAUGGGUUACAACAUCACAUUAAGAUAAAAAAUAGUGGUCUUGAGUGUUUUUAAGAAAAAAAUCCACUGCACUGUCCUUGAAAAGUUAACAUAUCACUCAGAUAAAUAGUAUUGGUCCACAACCCCCUGUUCCUUAAAGUGCCCUCCCUAAUUGUCCUAACUGCUGUUGGUUGUGGAAAAGGUGUUAUGACAGCUGUGUGUUUUCUUUUUAUUCUUCUUUUUUUUUUUCUGAAACCAUGGUAAUGCUUUGCAUCAGGCAUAUAAAGUAUUGUGUCUUUUUUUGAUUUUGAAAACAAUAAAUUCUUUUGCUUGCCAUA